CUCACAGUAACAUGACACCAGCAGUUUAUUGGCCUAAAUUUUGUAACCACGUCUGAGAAUGAAACUAAACUAUGAACACCCUGUCCACUGUAAACUGGGAAGCCAGGACGAACAUUUUUCUGUACCUUAAAUUUCAUUGGUUCCCUACUUUGUCGUUCUUCAGGUGGGCGGGAACAGCGAGUCUUUAAGAGAUAGUGUGUGUUUUUCAGCAUUACAUUGCACUUUUUCCCUGCGUGAAGUGACAUGAGUGGUGGAGUUUGGGAAUUGUUAGCUUUAAAACAGUCGGAGCAACGCAACAUUUAGCCAGGAUUCGAGUCAGAAUGGCUACCCUUUGCCGACUGAGGCAGUGCCACCCCACAGGGGUUGUUAUCGCUCAUCUUCACACCAGCAGCAGAGUUUCUGCCAAGCAACAUUACAAGAUGUUAGUCCUGGGAGGAGGAACUGGGGGCAUUGCAAUGAGUGCACGUAUGAAGAGGAUGGUUGGGGCUGAUAAUGUUGCUGUUGUGGAGCCUGCUGAGAUGCACUACUAUCAGCCAAUAUGGACCCUGGUUGGCGCUGGUGCAAAAACCGUAGCCUCCUCUGGUCGCUCCACUGCUAGUGUUGUCCCAUCUGGAGUGAAAUGGGUGAAAUCAAAGGUGCAGGAAAUAAAUCCAGAGACAAACACUGUUCGCACUGAAGAUGGAAAUGAGAUUUCCUAUGAGUACCUGAUUGUGGCUCUUGGGUUACAACUCCAUUAUGAAAAGAUUAAAGGGCUGCCAGAGGGGUUCGAGCAUCCGAAGAUUGGCUCAAACUAUUCCCUCCAGACUGUGGAGAAAACAUGGAAGGCUUUGCAAGACUUCAAGGAGGGAAACGCCAUUUUUACUUUCCCAAACACUCCAGUGAAAUGUGCUGGUGCUCCACAAAAAAUCAUGUACUUAUCAGAUGCCUAUCUCAGAAAGACGGGGAAAAGGGAAAAAGCCAAGGUGAUAUACAACACGUCCCUGCCGGUGCUCUUUGGCAUCAAGAAAUAUGCAGAGACUCUGUGGGACAUUGUGAAAACUCGCGACCUACAAGUCAACCUCCGACACAACCUGAUUGAGGUCCGGGCGGACAAGCAGGAAGCAGUCUUUGAAAAUCUGGACAAACCUGGUGAAACAACAGUGUUUGAGUAUGAAAUGCUUCAUGUUACACCGCCAAUGGGGCCCCAUUCUGUCGUUAAAUCCAGUCCGCUGGCCGACGAGGCCGGCUGGUUGGACGUCAACAAAGACACUCUCCAACAUAACAAGUAUCCAAACGUGUUUGGAAUCGGAGACUGCACUAACCUGCCGACAGCCAAGACCGGCGCAGCAGUUGCUGCACAAUCUGCCAUUUUGAACAGAACAAUCAAGAAAGUAAUGAAAAAGGAGAUGCCAGAUAAAAAGUACGAUGGGUACACCUCUUGUCCAUUGGUCACUAGCUACAACACGGUUGUUCUGGCUGAGUUUGACUACAACGGCCAGCCGCUGGAAACAUUCCCCAUCAACCAAGCCAAAGAGAGACGGUUAAUGUAUUUCAUGAAAGCUGAUGUGAUGCCUCACCUCUACUGGCAUGGCCUUCUCCGGGGCUUUUGGGGCGGACCAGGACCAUACAGGAAACUGCUUCAUCUGGGGAUGAAAUAAGCACCUUACUGCCAGUCUGCACUUUAAAAGUUUCGUUUCCUAAUAAAAGUAACAGAACAUCAUCUCAUGAAUCCAGAUUCAGCAAUAAUCUGCAAUUUUCUCAUCACUGCAACAGACGAGGUAACAGGGCUUUAAUACCACCAGAAGUUACAAUGAAACCAAACAAAUGUUUUGCAGUUUCCUUGAAGAAUAUUUAGGCUCUUUUUGACAUCUCACUGGCUGGCAAGUUGUACUAUUUUCAUGAUGCACAAUAUUACACUAAGCUAUGGGAUUUUUCUGUUGUGAUUCAAAACA